AUGGGGUGCGGGCUGGAAGGGACCCAAGCCGAGAUCGAUGCCAUGCUCAACCUCACAAACUACCACCGGUCGCUGCACGGGUCGCCGCCACUGGUCUGGAAUGAUUCGCUAGCAGCCACAGCCAAGGAUUGGUCAGAGCAGUGCACCAUAAAUCACUCAGAGGGGAAGUACUAUGAUGGCAACUACGGCGAGAAUACGGUGAGCGCUUUGCACCCCAACUGCGUUCCCUUGUGGACAUACUGCUUGUACUCGGAUAACAGUCAGCUGCCAUGA